UCUUGCUUGUCAUGUCAAAAUGGCCAAUCUCGUAGAUAAAAGUUAGAGGUCGCUCGCUGAGAAAUAAAUUUCGUAAAAAUACGAAUUAAUGCAUUUUUGUGCACUUAUUUUUAUUUAAUAACAUUGUCAAUUUAUUGUUGUCGUCAGUGUGUUCGAAUAGGGGAUUUAGUGAAGAUAAUUCAGAAAUCAUAAUAACAUAAUGGAGCCGGUAAAUGAUGGCCCUUCAAUAUCUUGUUUACCAGACGAAAUAAUCGUUAUGAUUUUACAACAAAAUGAUUACAGAGACAUAAUACAUUUUAGUGCGACAUGUAAACGUUUUAAUGAACUUGUGAGGUAUAGUCAUGUGUUAUGGAAAAAUACCUAUAAAAACAUUCUUCCAAAAAUGCUGGAAACGAUGCAGCGACAUGGUACCAGCGACUGGUACAAAGAAGUGAGAGGUUAUUAUGUAUUGAAAAAAGCUGUUUAUGCUGUGUUAUCUGAAGCGUCAGAAAAAUAUUAUUACAAACUGCAGUCGGUACACUUCAGCGACAUAUGUGUCGAUAUGAAUGUUUACUCUAUGGCAGCGAGCGAGAACUUGUACUGUGUUGUAACUAUAUUGCAAAAUAUGAUAAAAGAUACACUAACAAUUUUAAAUGGGAAUGCGACUAGCCCCCCGCACACACUAACGGAGAUGUACUAUGCUAAAGUGACGCUUAGGUAUUACUUCCACGCGUACCUCGGUUUGAAAUGGACAAUACUUUGCUCUCAGAUGGAUAACCCGCCGCCGGUCGCAGUGAUUACAUUCUUUGCACAAUGGAUUUACAACACCGACUUGGAGGCUGACAAUAUAGCCGAUGCGAAGAUUUCAGAGUUAGCGAACAAAGUGAACGAUUACCUCAAGGUGAAAACCAAGGGGCACAGCGCGAUUGACCCAGCGGCCAGGAAAGUACACAAGCUGUCCGACCAGGACGUGUUGAUGGCCGUCAGUCACGUGCUGUACAAACAGCGACACCUAGUGUUGGGGACGGACACCGCGGAUUUUGAUACGUUGGACAUUUCUAAGGUAUUAAAAAACAAAUGCGGUCAUCACAUUGUUCUCCAAGCUAUAUACCAAGCUGUGGCAUCGAAAUUCGGUGUGGUUUGUGAGCUGCACGUGUUCCCUAACCAUGUGUACAUGGAAUACAGACACGAUUGGCACGACCCGGUCGCGCGAGAGUUCACUGUCGACGUCAAAACUGGCACUUUGAAGCCUAAAGGUGGUUGCCCGUUUUCUAGAAACCCGUUGAAUACAUUCAGAUACGACCAUAACAUUCUCAUUGAGUGCCUCUACAUGGAGUAUCACAGGACCAUGGGUUAUAUCAACGACUGGUCCACACAGAAUUCCUUCCAUCUAACGGAAUUUUUAAGAAUGAAUGAUGACGAUAGCAGUCCGUACAGACAAAUGCCAGAUUUCUUGUUAUCCCAUCCAGAUUUCCCAUUGGCGCGAUCCACGCCGUUACAAGUAAAAUAUCUAUCUCCGAUUCACCUUUGUUUACUGAAUGAAAUUUUUAACCGCAACUCUGAUGUCCAGCUGUUCUACAGGGAAAAAACAGUAAAUAGGCACCCGUCUUGCAUCCAAUACGCCGUCGGCAUGAUAUGCACACACAAAACAACACAAUUUAAGUGCGUCAUAUUGGGCUGGGAUACCGGUGAAAGCGGUGGUCGAUACGUUUGGCACGCCUCGUCGCCGCUCAUAGGUUAUCAAUCGCAAGCGCCUCGCCUCCGGUAUUUCGUAAUUGAUAUGGACAAGUCGACGAGAUACGUCGAUCAAGAACACCUGAUAGAUCUGAAGCAGCCGACACGACUAACCCAUCUUGAAGAUUCUCUUGCCCCGGAGUUCUCACACUUCGACGGAUUCCGCUACGUGCCCAAUGCAAACAAGAGGGCUGAAUACCCCGACGAUGACGCCAUAGCCUUGAUGUACAAAAGCAGGGCUGGGAUGUAGACUGUGGCGCCAUCUACAACGGUAUUUAGUUCGGGGCAACUCAAGAUAGAUGGCGCUAAAUCGUUUUACGCAUGCAGUGUGAAUCCAAAAGCUGGGAAGCGGGUUUAGGAUGACGGACUGUGGUGCCAUCUGCAAUUAGUUCGGGAAAAUCAAGAUGGAUGGAGUUGAAUUUAAUUGUGGCGCUGCGUACAAUAACAAUUAGUUCUGGAAACUCAUAAUAGAUGGUGCUGGUUUGACUAAUACACGCAGUAUGAAAAGCUGAAACGCGCAUUCAGAGUUUUCGAAAUUCAUCGCCUAUACAGGGUGUUAGGUUAGGUGAGGAACGUAUUUAAGGAUACUCUAAAACGGGAUUAUAGAAAUUUGGGUUUAAGAUUAAGGCUCGCUUGCAUGUUUGCUGGAUAAACUCAGGAUAAAUAUAACCAUAAGUUUGUCAAUACCUAAUAAUAUAAAUUUUGUGCGUGUAUUAGCAAUAUGCUGGUUACAAUACUUGACCAGGUGGUAGACAUAGGAAACUCUCGGAAAUCAAUUGGAAAAGUCGUUUUGUUCAACAGUAGCGACGCCAGCCGGAUGUUUGCUCCUGUAAUCUCUGCAAUUGGGUCUUGGAGACACAAUUUUAAGUAUUGUGUAAUACUUUUCUAUUAUAUAUGCAUUCGGACAUGCUUUUGUAACUAAAUUUAAAUAAUGAGAUGAAAAAUGCUUACUUACUGUAGCCAGGCCCGAUAGCUCUGUCGAGUCGUGCAAAUCAAAAUCAAAUCAUUUAUUCACAAAUUAGGCCUACACAGGCACGUUUUCACGGCAUAUAUACCAAAGCUACAAACUACUUGCAUUUCUAUAUAUAUUGACAGGGACAAGUGUCAAUUUACAUCAAAACUCCAUUGAAUUUCUACGUUGUUCCUACGAUGAUUAAUGACAGAGCGCAACGUAGCAAUGAGGCCUGACCCUAAAAGACUAGAGAUAAAUUAAUUCGAUUGAACAGGCAUAGUCUCUAAAUUCCUGAAUUUUCAUCUCGUUAUUUGAAUCGUUUUAUAAGGGAAUAAGUGUAGUGUUAUGGUAUAUUCAAUAGAUACAGGUUAUAAACUGACCAUUGACAACAUCACAUUUUUUAUUUAACUACUAUAAUAGUUAAUAAUUUCAAGUAAAAAAAAUAAUAAAUAUAUAUUAUGAUAAAUCACACAGACUGAGCUAGCCCCAAAGUAAGUUCAAGACUUGUGUUAUGGGAUACUAACUCAACGAUACUAUAUUUUAUGACAAAUACAUAUACAGAUAAACAUCCAAGACCCAGACCAAUCAGUAAAAGAUGACCCGACCGGGGCUCGAAGCCGGGACCUCUUGGUUCAGAGGCAAGCACUUUACCACUGCGCCACUGAGGUCGUCAAAUUGUAUUUUAUUAACCUAUACCAAAAAUACGGUUUAUCUGUUUUCAAUAUAUUUUCUCCGAAAUUUGUAUAUAUAUUUUUUUCAACGAUAAAACUUGAAAUACCUAUAGUGUAUUUAAUUUUCAAAUUAUGGAAAAUGGGAUGAUAUUAAUACACCGCAAUAUGUAUAAACAUAUAUUGGAGACAAAAAAUAGUGUUUGUGUCUAUAUAUAUUCAUAUUAUGUAAAUGUAUUUGUUAUACAUGUCACACAUUAACUUAUUUUUGAAAAGAACAAUGAAAUGAAAAAAUUCUGGUUUCGAGCGUGAUUUGAACCGGCAUGGUCUCGAUAGCUCAGUGGUCAAGAGCACUGUCCCGGAUAGACAGGGGCGCGGGUUCUAUUUCAGCUCGAUUGCAGAAUUUUUUUCAUCUCAUUAUUUUCAAAAAUGUAUUCAUAUUGUCAACCAAGUAAAUAAAUAUAAACAUAAGUAUACGAUUACUUGUUCAUUCUAAUCUUGUUAAUUUAUUGAUGAAGUGCGCCAAGCGGUGGUUAUUCAGCAGUUAAACCGCCACCUUGUGACAGAUUGGUCCCAGGUUCGAAUCCUAUUCGUGCCACUUGGGUUUGUAUCAUGUAUAGUUUUCAUAGACCACCAUUUGUUUCCGGUGAAUAAAAACAUCGUGAGGAUACAUUACUAUACAGGUUUGCUGGUAUCAAACGCAAAACGUCCUAAUGACUACUUGGGUACAUCAAAACAAGCAAAUUUUAUUCUACGACUUUUCGUGAUUCGUAGUUUUAUUUUCAUAUAAAAAAUACAAUCUAAUUUGCGAUUCUACACAUGUUAACGCUAUGUAAUAGCCAAGCAACACGAGACAAUACAGUAGCGUUAUUUAGCGAAGUCGAACAUAGAGUUAACGUUUUAUAGAAACGACAUUACAACUAAAAAAAAUGUUUUUUUUUUGUUGUAUUUAUUACGUUUAAACAAAAGUCGUAGAACAAAAGAUGUUAGUCUCUAUAUACCUUAUGCCCCUUUGGAAGGUUAUGCGUUAGAUACCAGUAACCCUGUAUAUGAGUCAGAUUGGUAUACAAACUCAUGUGGCGCGAAUAGAAUUAAGAAAGGACCUGACACCUGUCGAUCACAGGCGGGUGUCUAGGUACUGAAUCACCACUUCUAUAUUUCGCCAUGAGAUUAAAGUACAUUUUUGUAUGGGAUUAGAAUCAUUGUUUAUGUAUGAAUGAAUAAUUUAUCUUUAAACAUGUUAUGGCGGUAGAAAAUAAAAUACAUAAAAAACUGUUAAAAUCGUUUAUUCAAAACUCAACAUCAUUAUAAUCAUUGCAUUUCUCCUUAAAUCUAUGUUUGUAUAAAACUAUAAUUGAGAUAUUACAAUAUUUAUAUAUAUAUAUAUAUCAUACCAUAUACUAUACAUAUAACUAAUUUAUAACUAAACUGUGGCGUUACGUAGUUAUCCAGUUAAGAAUAGUAACUAGUUUGGCUAUAAAGAGUAGAAAAUAAUGGAGGGUGCUGUGUCCUGUUUGCGGGCAACACUGGACAUUUAAUAACCAAUCUUAACCUUUCCAUUUGGUAUUGCAAUAGCUAAAAAUAGUUCGUUUAAAAAAAUCAGUUUUCUACAGUUUAUAGUCAGAUUUUACCUACAAGAAGUACAUACAUUACUCAAAAAAAUAAAUGAACAUAUAUCACUCGA